AUGGCGAAAGAGUGCUUAAAGACCUACGACAAAGUGUUUGCUAGCCGUGUAAGCUCUUUAGCCUCAGAAAUCUUGGGCUACAACUAUGCCUUCUUUCCUUUCAGCUCUUACGGCUACUACUUUAGUCAUGUACAGAAGAUGGUCAUGGCGGAGGUCUUAUCCCCCCACCGCGUCGAGAUGCUCAAACACUUUAGAGAAUCCGAAGUGAGUGCAUCGAUGAAAGAAAUAUACGAUCGGUGGACGAAGAACAACAAGAGUAGUGGUUCCGAUAAGGUGGUGGUACAGAUGAAGGACUGGUUUGCGGACAUAAACCAGAACGUGGUCUUUAGAAUGAUUAUCGGGAAACGAAUUUCAGAAGCUACAAAUUACACGCAUGGAGACUUGAUAGGGAGUGAUGUAUUCAAGGAUUGGCUUCGACUGAAUGCUACUUUUGUACUGUCGGAUGCGCUUCCGUUCUUGAGGUGGUUGGAUUUGGGUGGCCAUGAGAAGACCAUGAGGAAGGUAGCAAAGGAGGUAGAUCAAGUGCUUCAAGGAUGGUUAGAAGAGCAUAAGCAAAAGAAAAAGAGGACUGUUUCUAGUGGAGUGAAAGAUGAUGAGGAGGAGCGUGACUUCAUGGAUUUGAUGCUUUCAGUUCUUGAUGAUGCUAAAGUUACCAAUUCUUUUGAAGCUGACAUUAUCAACAAAGCUACCUCACUGAGUCUUCUUCUAGCAGGUGUAGAUGUGACAACAGGGACAUUAACAUGGGCACUGUCUCUACUUCUUAACAGCCCUAAAACUCUAAAAAAGGUCCAGGAAGAGAUAGACCAAAAUAUUGGCAGAGAGAGGGCAGUAAAAGAAUCAGACGUCGACAACUUAGUCUAUCUCCAAGCCGUUAUCAAAGAAACGCUCCGUUUAUACCCUCCCGGACCAACCUUAUUGCCCCAUGCAUCCAAUGAAGAUUGCGUUCUAGCCGGCUACCAUAUCCCAGCAAACACUCGCGUCCUCGUCAACGUAUGGAAGAUUCAUCGAGACCCGAAGGUCUGGCCCGAUCCAAAUGAGUUUCGACCUGAACGAUUCUUCACAACACACAGCGACAUUGAUGUUAAAGGUCAGGAUUUUGAGUUGAUACCGUUUGGCAGUGGAAGAAGAAUGUGCGCCGGAAUAGCACUUGCCCUCAGGAUUAUGCCAUUGACACUCGCUUCUUUGCUUCAUGGAUUUGAAAUCGCAACUCCGACGGGUGAGCCGGUUGACAUGCGUGAGUCGAUGGAAUUUACCAACUAUAGAACCUCCCAACUUGAAGUCCUUCUCACUCCGCGCCUUUCUGCUCAAGUAUAUGAAGAGUAUGGUAAAUAAAGAAAAUCUGCUUUGCUGGUAUU